AUGGAAUAUGACAGGUACCCUAACUUCCCGCAGUUUAAUAUGUUAGUUAAAAUUCUAGUUUGGAAUGUUCAAGGCGUUGGUAAUAAGAUUCCAACCAUCAGGGAAUUAAUUCGCAUUAAUAAUCCUACGGUGCUGGUGCUUGUGGAGACUCAUCUGAGUGGUGAACAAGCGCAGAAAGUAUGUGAUAAAAUUGGCUUUUCGGGUAAUCUUCGCGUUGAGGCUCAAGGUUUCUCGGGAGGGAUAUGGUUGUUUUGGAGAAAGGAAGUGGUGACUGUAACUUCCUUUGGCUCUCAUUCUCAACAUCUCACAGUUGAAAUUAAAAAGAUAGGAGAUACUCCUUGGUUGUUUUCGGCUAUCUAUGCUAGCCCUGAUACUGUUUUGCGAAGACAACUAUGGGAGGAACUGGAAAAAAUUAAAAAUUCUUAUUCGGGUCCGUGGUUGUUGGCGGGAGAUUUUAAUGAGACAAUUAGCAUGAAUGAGCGGAAUGGGGUAGGUGGUUCAGAGAUGGAAAGGCGGUGUCGAAACUUCGCUAAUUGGAUUGAUAAUGUUAACCUUAUUGAUCUAGGAGCUGCAGGCCCUCAGCACACUUGGUUUAGAGGCUCGUCUCCUGAUACUUUUAAGUCGGCCAGACUUGAUCGAUGCCUGGCUAACGAAGAUUGGAGAUUGAAAUUUUCAGAAGCUGCGGUUCGCAAUCUCCCUAAGUCAUGCUCCGAUCACUGUCCAAUUCUUAUGAGCUCCUCGGGUUUUGCCCCUCUCCCUCAAGCCAUUCGUCCGUUUAGAUUUCAAGCGGCAUGGCUUUAA